AUGUCUACUGCGACUACGAGGAAGAGUGCAAGGCGAAAGGGGUUGCGGUCUAUUGCGAGCACUUUGCGCGAGCGAAUUGAUGUCAUAGUUAAGGACUUUUCGGAGGAGAAACGAGCAGAAAUUAUUUCUUUACAGACCACUUUAAUUGACACUGUUAAACAGUUAAAGGAGUUAGAUGAAGAGCUAUACGGUGUUUUAUCGGCUGAAGAGAUCGAAACCGACGUUAUGGAGGCUACAGAAUUUUAUCUAUUAGUGAACAUGAGUCUCGCGACUAUUACUACCGCUACCGGACCACAUGUUUCAGCCACAGAAUCGACACGGUCUGUUGAAAAGAAAUCGAUGAGACUACCCAAAAUAGAACUGAGCAAAUUUAAUGGGAAUCCUUUAAAUUGGCCCUCGUUUUGGGACCAGUUUAAUUCAGCCAUUAAUGACAAUGACAGUUUGAAUGCAAUUGAUAAAUUUAAUUAUUUGAAGAGAUACGUCGAAGGAACCGCUUUAUCAACUAUUUCUGGGUUAGAAUUGACGAACAGUAACUACGAAAAUGCUAUAGAGUUGCUUAGAAACCGUUUUGGCAACGAACAGGUGCUCAUUAACGCGCACAUGGAAGCCCUGUUGAAGAUUGAGUCAGUACGAUCAAUGGAUAACACCCAACAAUUGAGAAAACUUUAUAAUGAUGUUGAGAACUGUAUUCGAAAUUUGAAAAAUUUGAAGUAUAAUAGCGAAAUGCUGAGUUUAUUGAUUCCGGUUCUGAACGAAAGAAUUCCCAACGAAUUACGAAUGAUUAUUUCUAGAAACUUUGGAGAGGAGAAGUGGUCCGUUGAAAAGAUGCUGUUUUUUAUCAAUAACGAACUGCAAGCUCGAGAGAGGUGCACUGUAACCGCGAAAGGCAAGGGACAAACUCCCAGUGAAAAUUACAAGAGAGGAGGAAAUUCUACCGCAGACUGCUUAUUGACUUUGGACAGAGAAAAAUGUGUUUUCUGUCACGAUUCUCACUCUCCGUCGAGGUGUUCAAAAGUUACCAACGUACGAACACGUUCGCAAAUUAUGAAAAAGGAAGGGCGUUGCUUUUUAUGCUUGCAGCAUGGACACAUUUCAAAGAACUGUUGUUCAAAUUACAUAUGCAAUAGAUGUGGAAGACGUCACCACAUCUCUUUGUGUAUGAAAGAAAAACGUGCCGAAAGAAAAGAUAAAGACAAGAAUGGCUCGGAGGAAAACCCUUCUAACGAAACCAACGCGAAUCACAUCAGCCAAGAAAACAAAGGAAUUCUUUUGCAGACGGCUAAAGCUUUUGUUUCGAAAGAAAGGGAGAGCAGGAACAUACAAACGAGAUUCAUGUUUGAUUCAGGUAGCCAGAGAACAUAUGUCACAAAUGAACUGAAAGAAAAACUGAAUUUAGAAACAAUUCGAAAGGAGAAAUUAAUUAUUAACACUUUUGGCCAUAGCAACAGCCAAUCGAGAGAGCUACCCGUUGUUAAGUUGUAUGUAAAAACCACUGACCGCUCAUCUACCGUACCCAUCGAAGCCAUUGCCGUACCAAACAUUUGCGCUCCUCUCUCAAAUCAGAAUGCGAAAUAUUACGCUGAUAAUUACGAACACUUGAAGCGGUUGAAAUUAGCAGAUUUUUCAAAUGGUGAAACGAGACUGAAUGUUCACGUUCUGAUUGGUUUAGACCAUUAUUAUUCAUUCAUUACCGGCGAAGUUGUUCGAGAUCCGAGAGGCGGUCCUAUCGCUAUCAAUUCCAAACUUGGCUGGAUUUUGUCCGGAGGUGAACAGUCGAAAGCGAACGAAUCAAGCUGCAUGGAAGUCCACGCCUGCCGUGUUGAUACCGAAAACACAAUUCUUCGUGACGAGUUGAACAAGUUUUGGCAAAUUGAGUCGAUCGGUGACGGAGAAAACGAAAACGUAUUAUCUUCUUUUAAACAAACUCUUGAAUUCAACGGUGAACGCUACGUGACCGAAUUACCAUUUCGUCCUGAUCAUGAUAAACUUUCCGAUGAUUUUGCAGUUUCGAAACAACGCUUAGAUUCUCUUGUUAACAAACGAUUACGAAAUGAACCUGAUUUAGCUGUGCAAUACAACGACGUUUUUGCAGACUACGAAUCGAAACAGAUUAUAGAAAAAGUUCCAGAAAGUGAGAUAGCUUGCGAAAAUGCUCACUACCUUCCGCAUCAUCCGGUUGUACGCCAAGAUAAAAGUACAACGAAAGUUCGUCCUGUUUUUGAUGGAUCUUGUGCCGUUCACAAACCAUCCCUCAAUGACAUUUUGUACUCUGGUCCUAAUUUACUUGCUAAGGUGUUUGACAUUCUGCUGAGAUUCCGUACGAACUACGUCGCUUUAGUUGCUGAUAUUCAACAAGCCUUCUUGAAUAUUGAAAUCGCUGAGAAAGACCGUAAUUAUCUUCGCUUUUUGUGGAAAGAAAACCCUACCGAGAACGAUUCAAAGCUCAUUAUCUAUCGAUUUCUGCGUGUCGUGUUUGGGUUAACGUGCAGUCCGUUUUUACUCAAUGGGACAAUCCAACACCACUUGGAGACUUACGAAAUUAUCUGCCCCGAAAUUACUGAUGUUUUGAAGGAUGACUUGUACGUCGAUGACCUAACAACCGGUACCGAUACCGUAACUGAAGGCAAGAAACUUUACGAAAUUAGUAAACAAAUCAUGAAAGAAGGAGGGUUCAAUUUGCGAAAAUGGGCUACUAAUAACAAUGAAUUACAAACUUUUAUCGAUAAAAUUGAGAACGUGAAUUCUGAACCGAAUAGCGACAAAACUGUUAACCCCAAAGUAUUAGGGAUCGAGUGGGACAUCGACAGAGAUAUUCUAGUGUACCGAUUUGACGAGUUAUUGAAACGAGCGAAAGAACUGUUUCCAACAAAAAGAAACAUUUUACGUAUAUCUGCUUCAUUUUAUGACCCGUUGGGCCUGAUCGCACCAAUCACCACCAAAGUAAAGGUUCUUUUCCAGAAAUGUUGUCAACACAAGUCCGACUGGGAUGAUCCACUGCAAGGGGAACUGCUUAAACAAUGGAGAGAUAUAUUGAACGAUUUUGCGAAUUUACAAACUUUUGAGAUACCACGUUAUUUAUUCUGUGAACCGCGUCAUGAAAUUCAAUCAAUUGAACUGCAUGGAUUUUGUGAUAGCUCGACGAUUGCCUACGCUGCUGUGAUUUAUGCAAAAAUACGAACUAACCUCGGCGUAAGUGUUUCGCUAGUGACUGCUAAAACGAAAGUUGCGCCCCUAAAGCCGCAUUCUGUUCCACGUUUAGAAUUGCUAGGAUGUGCUCUCUUAGCAAAGUUGAUGAGCCAUGUGCUUAAUGCGAUCAAUGGUAGAUUGAAAGUUGAUCGUUUUUUCGGUUGGUCAGAUUCGGAAGUUGCCCUUUGUUGGCUAAAAGGCAAAUUGAAGCAGUGGAAGCCAUGGGAAUCAUGGUUUCACGUUUCCACCAUUCAUAACCCCAGUGAUAUACCUACCAGACCAGACAAAAUUGGUGACUUCAAUUCAAAUUUGUGGUUAAACGGUCCUGAAUUUCUGUCUGAUUCCAGCUUUGUUCCACCUGAGUUUCAUGUCAACAAACAUUCAUUCGAUGUUUUGUCAGAAGAGAAGAAAAGUCAUGUCACUACUAACAUUAGUCAUUCCACUCAUCAUUGUCAUUCGCAGUUACAUGAUAUUAUAGACGAGACUAAGUUUAGCUCACUGAAAAAGCUUAUAACUACCAUUGGAUAUGUUUACAGAUUUGCGAAUAAAUUGUUAAAUCGAAUUCGAAAAAGAGACUUAUCAGUAUACAACGAUCGUGAACUGUCGACUCAAGAAUACAAAAGUGCAUUUGAUAUUUUGAUUACAAACAAUCAACGAAAACUUCGAAACAACCAAAACUACUUCAACAAACUUUCGUCCGCCCUGAAGUUGUUUGAAGAUGAGAAAGGAGAUUUACGUGUUAAAGGACGUUUUGGUGAGAAUAAAAAGCUUUCAUAUGACGAAAGGUAUCCGUUGAUUCUUUCGAGUGAUUCACAUUUUACAAAACUUCUGGUUGAAGAUGCCCACGAAAAAACAUUUCAUCAAGGCGUAGAAGCGACACUCAACAUGUUACGAAUGAAGUUUUGGAUUCCGAAAGGUAGACGCACAAUCAAAUCCAUUUUACGACAGUGCAUUGUUUGUCGACGAUACCAAGGCAAACCUAUUAAAUCACCACCGACUCCAGAUCUACCAGAAUACAGGUAUUGCGCUUCGAGAGCUUUUGAACACGUUGGGUUCGAUCAUGCUGGUCCACUCUACAUUCGUACCGAGAACCGAAACACGACAAAGGUAUACGUAUUAAUACUUACAUGUGCUACUACUAGAGCUGUGCACUUUGAGCUUUCACCCGAUUUAAAGACGCCAGCGUUCAUUAGAGCUUUCAAAAGAUUUCAAUCCAGAAGAGGAACGCCUGCUACGGUUGUGCAUGAUAACUUUAAAACGUUUAAAUCUAACCAUGUAAAAAGAUUUAUGAGACAUGAGUCUAUUGAAACUAACCCGAUUCUCCCCAAGAGUCCUUGGUGGGGAGGAUUUUAUGAAAGGAUCGUCAGAUCAAUGAAAACCGCCUUGCGUAAGACCAUUGGGAAGGCACUAUUGACUUUCGAAGAGCUCGAGACAGUUCUGUGCCAAGUUGAAGCAUCGAUUAACUCAAGACCACUUACAUAUCAGAGUGAGGACGAUCUUGGACAGACUAUCACACCUUUGCAUUUGAUUUACGGCUCGAACAUUGUUGGUGCUGAAUGUGUCCCAAUGAAUGAUACCGACCAGUGCUCGAAACGAUUACUUUAUGUACAACGAGUGCUUGACGAUCAGUGGCGACGAUUUUAUCGAACGUAUUUGAACGAAUUACGGCAACAUCACUUCUACAGAAAGGAUGGCAGAGAAACACCUGAUUUAAAGUUGAACGACGUCGUGGUGGUGAAAGAUGAUAACCAACUGCCAAGAAGUAGAUGGCCAUUGGGUAAAGUUACAGAACUGAUCUAUGGAAAGGACGGAUUUAUUCGUGGUGCGAAGAUUCGGGUUAACACCAAGAAAGGACUUGUUUCUACGAUAACGCGUCCUAUUCAAAAACUGAUUCCACUUGAAAUAGCAAAUGAGACUGAAAACGAAGUUGAAAAAGUUGAAAAAAGUGAACUUGAAAAACCCGCUGAAGACACUCUCAAUGAAGAUGAGCAACAACGAAGGCCGACGAGAAAGGCUGCGGUUGAAGGACAGUUGAUGCGUAAACUCCGCGAAGAGUAUUUAUAG